CACCAAUUAUUGAUGUAAUUGUGAUGUGAUUUGUAAAUGUGAAACUCUUAGACUUAUCAUUUUUCACCUAUUUACGUAAAAAAUAUUAAAAUUCUUAUACGAUUCGGUUUUACAAUCGCGUUGAAUAUGAGAAAGUAAAGUGCAACGUAAAUAUUUGUCUCACAUUUUGUACGCCCAUUCCAUAAAAGUACAGUACCAUUACGUUCCCGUUACCUACAAAAUAUUCCAAUUUUCGUGUUUGCCACGUUUUACCAGCGAAUAUUAUAAGAAAAUAACAAGAACAUGUUGAUAGAAGCUUUAUAAAAAGAAAUUCGAAAAGCCUUCAUCAUGUCUAGUAUGUCAGAUCGUAAGGCUGAGUUGGAGAGGAAGAAGGCAAAGCUACAAGCUCUGCGAGAAGAGAAGGAUCGACGGCGCCGGGAGAAGGAACAGAAAGAUGCUGAGGAAGCUUUGCAAAGAGCGUCAGUGGCAUCAAGCAUGGACAGCCGACGGGAUCUGGACGAGAUGCUGUCGUCGCUGGGUGUGGCGCCCGUCAAGGACGUGCUGUCCUCACUCUCCUCCAUGACGUCACUCUCGCCGCCGCAGACUGCAUCGCCAGAUGCCAGCCUGCCACACACCGACAAGUCCAGUCUGCCUGCUCAAGGCGCCCCGAAGAAGCCGCCGGCACUGCAAGUGGUAUCAGUUCAGUCAACCGACAUUCCACCCAAGGAAAGCGUGACAUAUGCCAAGCAGACACAGACCACCGCCUCGGGGGUCACUGAGCUGCGAGAUGGAUACAUGGAGGACUGGUGGCGGCCACGUAAAGCACACGCAACCGACUACUACGACGAGUACAAUCUAAACCCGGGUUUAGAGUGGGAGGACGAGUUCACAGUGCUUACAUUCGACGGCGACGGCGCGCGGCAAGGCGACGAGGAGGAGGCGGCCUUCCACGGCAAGCUGCCCCCCGGCAUCCUGCCGCACGGACUGCCCACCGUCAAGGAGGUGCAGCCCGCCGUCACCGACGCCCCCCAGGAGAAGAAAGAGGAGGAGGAGAAGAAAGUGCGCGAGCUGAGCACGGACGAGAAGCAGACGAUAAUGCUGUCGGCGGAGUUCCAGAAGUUCAUGAGUCGCGCGGGGCGCGUCAUCGAGCGCGCGCUGGCGGAGUCCGUCGACAUCUGCACCGACUACACGGGCGGCGGCGACGCGCAGGACGCACAGGACGACAAGUCUGACGCGCGGCUGUCGCUGGUGCGCACGUUCUACGACGAGCGGUGGUCGCGCGGGCGCUGCGUCACCUGCCUGGACUGGUCGAGCGCGCACCCCGAGCUGCUGCUCGCCUCCUACCACAACAGCGACGACGCGCCGCACGACCCCGACGGCGUCUGCCUCGUCUGGAACACCAAGUUCAAGAAGACCACGCCCGAGGACAUCUUCCACUGUCAGUCGCCCGUCAUGAGCGCCACUUUCGCCAGGUUCCACCCGAACUUGAUCCUGGGCGGUACGUACUCGGGCCAGAUCGUGCUGUGGGACAACCGCGUGCAGAAACGCACGCCCAUACAGCGCACGCCGCUCUCCUCGCUCGCGCACACGCACCCGGUGUACUGCCUGUCGGUGGUGGGCAGCCAGAACGCGCACAACCUGAUCUCGGUGUCGACGGACGGGCGGAUGUGCUCGUGGUCGCUGGACAUGCUGUCGCAGCCGCAGGAGACGCUGGAGCUGCAUCACCGCCAGAGCAAGGCCGUCGCCGUCAGCGCCAUGGCCUUCCCCCACGGCGACGUCAACAACUUCGUGCUCGGCAGCGAGGACGGCAACAUAUACACUGGGUGCAGGCACGGGCAGCGCGCGGGCGUGGGCGAGUGCGUGGAGGCCCACGCGGGCCCCGUGACGGCGGUGGCGUGCCACGCGGCGCCCGGCGCACUCGACCUCGGACACCUCUACCUCACCGCCUCCAUGGACUGGAGCGUCAAGUUGUGGAGCCUCAAGGAGAACAAGGCGCUGUACUCGUUCGAGGACAGCGGCGACUACGUGUCGGAUGUGCGCUGGUCGCCAACACACCCAGCACUCUUCGCCGCAGCUGACGCCGCCGGCCGCCUCGACCUCUGGAACCUCAACAGGGACACCGAGGUACCGAUAGCGUCCAUCCAGGCGGAGGGUGGCGCCGCAUUCAACCGCGUGUCGUGGACGCCUUCAGGCACACACGUGGUCGCCGGAGACGACGCCGGCAAGAUAUGGGUGUACGAACUCGCUGAGCAAGUGGCUCAGCCCCGGCACGAUGAGUGGAGCAAGCUGAUGAUGACGCUGCAGGAGCUGCGCAACAACCAGGCGGACGAGGACACAGAGCGGCUGGGGCUGGCAGCCAGCGGCCCACCCUCGCUCACCAGUCUCACCUCCCUCGCCAGCAACCCGCUCAGAUAACUGAUAGGAUGGUGUACAUCAGGUGCGGAUGGAUAUUGUGAUCUUCAGAAGAUACCGUAAUGAAUUCUGAUAUCUCUACUGAAAGAUUGUACCAUAUAUGUAUGUAUAAAUAUAUGUAUAUAAAUAUACAUAUAUAUUAUGUUUUGUUGUGACUGAUAAUGGAAAGAAUAAUAGUUGUAUGGAGAUUGUAUAAUUGAAUGUUGAAUAAGGAUACCAAGAAAGGGAUAAUUGUUACUUAAACUUUACUAUGCAAUGCUUUUAGGUGUAAAUGUUAGCUCCACUGAUAUUGUCAACAAACUGCACAAUAUAUAAAAAAACUACUCAACUGAAAUAUUAACAAAUUAAUUACUGUGGCAUUAUUGCAAUAGAAUAAACUAUU